AAAAUUAUACAUGCGUCAAAAUUCCGAGAAUCACAAAACAAUAUCUGACUCAAACUCAAAUAAACAACAUAGCUUCUCUUAUCUCUCUUUCUUUCUUCAGAGAGAGAAAAAGAAAAUGCAAGUAUCAGCAUGCAACUUGUGGUGUAUGUCAAUGCCAACUCAGAGAAGCAGCACUGCUCUAAGUCGCCGUGAGAUUUGCAUAUCUUCUUCUGUUUGCUCCAACUCCCCUAAUGAUGCUCUUUCUCACCAAUCCAUUUCCAUUUCAAGGACUGUUCAAGAUCAAACUCAGGAUUCUGAUGCCAUGCUGAGGAAGAUUGUUGUGUCCCCAACAAGACGUGUGUUAAUGGCGAGUUUGACACUGUUUCCCUAUUUCUGUUCUUCAAGGUACUUGUCAGCCCUAGCCUUGGGAGAUACAUCCGUGACCAUCGAAGAAGUGACACCACCCGUGUUUUCUUCUGGACCACUCUUUCCUGCAGAGGACCGAAUUGUUCAACUCUUUGAAAAUAACACAAACUCUGUUGUUAACAUCUUUGAUGUGACGUUGCGUCCUCAACUUAAUGUGACUGGUGUGGUUGAGAUUCCCGAAGGAAAUGGCUCUGGAGUAGUUUGGGAUGAAGAGGGCCACAUUGUGACAAAUUAUCACGUAAUUGGCAAUGCGCUUUCGAGAAAUCCAAGUCCCGGUCAGGUUGUUGCACGAAUUAAUAUUCUAGCGUCAGAAGGGGUGCAAAAGAAUUUUGAAGGUACCCUCAUUGGAGCUGACCGUUUAAAGGAUCUAGCUGUCUUGAAGGUAGAAGCUCCUAAAGAGAUUUUAAAGCCUAUCAUGGUGGGGGAGUCAGCGUCUCUAAAAGUUGGACAGCAAUGUUUGGCGAUUGGAAAUCCAUUUGGCUUUGAUCACACACUCACAGUUGGGGUUAUUAGUGGACUUAACCGAGAUAUUUUUAGUAAAACCGGUGUAACAAUUGGUGGUGGUAUUCAAACUGACGCGGCCAUAAAUCCUGGAAACAGCGGAGGUCCACUUCUGAAUUCGAAAGGAAGCUUAAUUGGGAUCAAUGCCGCAAUAUUUACUCAGACAGGAACUUCAGCUGGUGUUGGAUUUGCUAUUCCAUCUUCAACCGUACUUAGAAUCGUUCCUCAGUUGAUUCAGUUUGGAAAAGUUGUUAGAGCUGGUUUGAAUGUGGAUAUUGCUCCAGAUUUAAUUGCAAAUCAACUUAACGUUCGAAAUGGAGCUCUUAUUCUAACGGUUCCAAAAAAUAGUCUUGCUGCAAAAGUUGGGCUAAAUCCCACAACAAGGGGAUUUGCUGGUAAUAUAGUCCUUGGAGAUAUCAUCAUUGCAGUUGACAAUAAGCCUGUCAAAAGCAGAGGAGAGUUGUUGAAAGUACUAGAUGAAUAUAAUGUAGGAGAUAAAGUAAUGUUUCUGAUUCAGAGGGGUGAUGAAAAGUUGGAGCUGCCUGUGGUACUUGAGGAACAAAGUUCUUGAGAAGUAUAUAUGCAUCAUCAAGAUAUAUUGUAAAUUAAGAACAAAUGUGUUUUUAUUUGUUCAUUUUAAAGAUGAUGGAAAGGAUUAUAAAUUGAUAAUGACAUGUGACGAUUAGAGAUGUUGAAGGUCAGGAAAACACAAGAAAAUGGAGGUUUAAUUUUGAAUUGUGUUAAAUUAAAAAAUUAAAAUGUAUCUGUUAGGUUGCUA